CCGCCCCUGCUCCGCUCUACCGCUGGUCUGCACUGCACUCCUCUGCUCUGUCGGAUACAAGGCUGAAAUGGUGUAGUAUAUCAGGAAAAACAACGAGGGGAGAAGGGCCAGAAAAGAGAAGGCGAGUCUACACGGCUUACGGCAACGACACAGGAGAGCCAUUCAGAAGAGCAGGGGGUCAAAGGUGAGAAGAGCAGAGGGCACCAUGAGUGAGCCGGGGGGCCCUGCCUCCACGGCCAGCAAUACUGGGACCAGCACCUCCUCCACCACCACCACCAGCUCCUCCAGCACCACAGCUGCCAGCAGUAAUAGUACCUUGAACACUAGUUCUACUACUACUUCUACUCCUCCUGCUACUACUUCUACUACUAGUAGUAGUAGUAGCAGCAGUAGUAUUAACACUAGUAGUAGUUCCAGUAGCAGUACUACAGCAGGAAGACAGGCAGUGCCUCAGAUAUCUGUUUACAGCGGGAUACCUGAUCGACAAACUGUGCAGGUAUUCCAACAAGCGUUACACAGACAGCCUAACACGGCAGCACAGUACCUGCAGCAGAUGUACGCUGCUCAGCAGCAACAUCUGAUGUUACAAACUGCUGCCCUCCAGCAGCAGCACAACCUCAGCACUGCUCAGCUUCAGAGCCUUGCUGCUGUACAGCAGGCCAGUAUUGCAGCUGGCCGGCAAAGCUCCUCACAGAAUGGUACUUCAUCUCAGCAAACGGGAUCCACUCAGGCUACGAUCAAUCUGACCACCUCCCCAGCAGCAGCUCAGCUGAUCAGUCGGGCUCAGAGCAUUAGUUCCACCCCCACCAGUAUUUCCCAGCAGGCUGUUCUUCUGGGCAGCUCAUCCAGCCCCACUCUCACAGCCAGCCAGGCACAGAUGUACCUGCGUGCACAGAUGGCCCAGCAGAGUAACCUGGUGCAGGUGGCCAGGAGCCUGGGCCGAGCUGUUCCUCUGUCCCCACAGCUUAUCUUCACUCCCACAGCUACAGUUACAGCUGUCCAGUCAGAGAGCUCCACGCAGGCUUCCUCACAGAAUCAGGUCCAGAAUCUGGCCAUCCGUGGCCAGCAGGUGGCGACCACGUCCUCCUCUCAGACUCAGACCCUGCAGGCUUUGAGCCUGAAGCAGAGCCCUGUCCCCAUCCAGCCCGCCUCACUGAUCAAGAAUCCCAGUCAGGGGAACCAAGCAUCUGCGGGAGGGAAAGCCAGCUCCUCUGACAGCUCCUCUGAAGCAGGGAAGAAGGGGGACAGCGCAGCGGUCACAGAGGUCCGAGCGAUUAACAUGAGCCGCAGUUUCACAGCUGUCAGCGCUCAGCCUCUGAUUGCUCCAGCAUACACUCAGAUCCAGCCACACUCCCUGGUUCAGCAGCACAAGCAGCAGCAGCAGCAGCAGCAGUUUGUGGUGCAUCAGAGCCAAAGUUCCCAAAGGACUCCGGGCCAGCUGCUGCAGACAGCAUCCAUUCAGCCAUCACAGCACCCCGUCCCUGUGUUGCCCAAACCUGCCCCACACCAACCCUCAACGCCAAGCCAACAGGCCACCAUCUUCCACUCCACCAUCAGCCCCCACGCACUCCACUCCUCCCUAAAUAAUGCCAAAGCCCAGCCCGUCCAGCUCACUGCCAUCAACCUACAAAUACAACCAACAGCCUCUCGACUGGUUCAAGACAGUAAAGAUAAGCCAACCUCGCUGGUGGUGAGAGAGACUUGUCCAACGCCGGCCACACAGCAGCAGCAGCAGCAGCAGCAGCAUCAACAACAGCAACAGAUACAGCAGCAGCAGCAACAACAACCCGCAACAUCACAAUCGCCAUCACAACCUGCCAAGCCUGUCGAACAGCCCAAGGUCGACCCAGUCACACCAGCUGUUCAGCCACAAGGAGGGGGCUCUAUAAAGAGGCCGAGCGCUGCACCUGCGACCCCACCUCCACCCAUGACCUCAGGAAACGAGAGCGAGGCGCCCACGGUAAUGGGCAGCACGCCUCAGAACGGAGAGAACAAACCGCCCCAGGCCAUCGUCAAGCCCCAGGUCCUCACUCAUGUCAUCGAAGGCUUCGUCAUCCAGGAGGGGGCAGAGCCGUUCCCAGUGUGUGUGGAGCGUCUGCCCAUUCUGAUCGACAGCCCAAAGAAGCUGGAUCAUCAGCUCUCAUCAGACCCCGACAAAACCCCGGUCAGCAAUGCGGCAAACUCUGACUCAGAGCCUGAGGACAUGAACCAGCCAGAAAAAGAGCAAGAGCCCAAGCUAACGUGUGAAUACUGCGGCUGGGUCGACUUCGCCUACACGUUCAAGGGCUCUAAAAGAUUCUGCUCCAUGGUUUGUGCCAAGAGGUACAAUGUGGGCUGUACGAAGCGGAUGGGCCUUUUCCGUCCAGAGAGGAGUAAACCAACAAAUCGCUGGCGCAGAAGAUCGCAGGGCCGCUCGAAUAUAGAAGCUAAGAAGCAGAAGCUGUCCCCUUCACCGCAGCAGCCCCAGGGGGGUUCUGUAUCCUCACCGCAUCCGUCGCAGCCCAGUCAGGAGGAGUCGAGCCCAUGUUCGGACAUGUCCAGCUACGAGGAGCCGCCGUCUCCCCUCUCGGCCGCCAGCUCAGGACCCCUGGCUCCUGCCCCGGCCCCAGCUCAGGUCUCCGUCCACCGGCAGCCGAGCAGGGCCUCGGACCAGGAGGGCUGCGCUGGGAGAGACACAUCUUCGCUUUGUCAGCACUUUUUACCAAACGACCCCACCAAGUGGAAUGUGGAAGAGGUGUACGAGUUCAUCUGUUCGCUGCCAGGUUGUCAGGAGAUAGCAGACGAGUUUCGCUCUCAGGAGAUCGAUGGACAAGCGUUGCUCCUGUUAAAGGAGGACCACCUCAUGAGCACCAUGAACAUUAAACUGGGACCUGCUCUCAAGAUCUUUGCACGCAUCAACAUGCUUAAAGACUCUUAGCAGGAAAGUAUGUGUGUGUGCGGUCGCGCACACAUGCAUCGAUCUGAGUA